UCCAUUCGACCCUCUAUCAUUAGACCCGUUUUUGGUUAGGUGCUUGGUAGACUCGCAGACCGGUUUUUCAUGUCAGUAUUCGGCAAACCUAUGACGUAGUAAUAUAUAUCAUAGUCCUAAGUCGUAUACAUAGUGUAAUAUACUUCACGGCAGUGGCGGCGUACACAUCGUGCCGGACAGGUGCAGCGCAUAUAUAUACAUACGAGAAAUUAUGGUAGACAGCGCCGGGUCGUCGGACCCGCCGGAAGAACAGCCACUGCAGCAGUUGCAGCCGAACGACGGUGCAGGCGACGACGGACAGGGGCGAUCCGACCGCGACGGCGACGACGACGACCGUACGGCGGGCGACGUAGUGGCCAUGGCGUGGUGCGACGACCGGCUGCCGGCCACCGCCGCCAACGUGGCGGCCACGAUCGUCGGCGUGGCCCUGGCCUGGUCGCUGCUGUACGUGAACGUUUCGCCGGAACUGAUGGCCGUGCCCGGCGGAAGUCUGUCUUCCAUAUUCAUGUUGUACGUCACCGGAGCCGUGGCCGGCCGGCUCAUCAACAGAAUCGUCGGCCUGCCUCCGCGGUUCGGCAUGCUGUUGGCCGGCAUCGCACUCCAGAACGCCGGUCUGUACACCGUCACCGGAUGGUGCUCACAGCUGGUGUCGUUCAUCAGAGAAGUCUCGCUUGCCGUGACAUUGAUCAACGGCGGACUGGAACUGGAUGCCAUUCAGUUACGUCGGCUCAGCGGCGUUGUGGCCAAACUCACGUUAUUGCCUUGCAUAGCUGAAGCUGCUACCUCAGCGAUUGCCGCAUAUCUAAUUUUGCCCGAUUUCUCGUGGCAAUGGAGCCUGGCUCUCGGGUUCACACUGUCUGCCGUUAGUCCGGCUAUAUUAGUGCCGGGACUAUUCCAACUGAAACGUUUGGGCUAUGGCGAAGUAAAAGGCGUUAAUACUCUAUUAAUUGCUGCGUCAAGUUUGGAUAAUAUUGUUUCUAUCAGCGCAUUUCGGAUAGUAAUAGGGAACAUAUUUAUGACUGGUAGUGUGGCCAGUAAAAUAAUUCAAGGAUUCGUCGACGUAUCUAUAGGAACUAUGAUGGGAGUCGUAUGGGGUUUCUUUUUGAUUUUUGUGCCUCCAUCACCAUGGGCCAUGAUAUACAAAAAACCAAAAACCGAAAACAUGAUCGCUUUACAACGGCUGAACCGGUUGAUAACAGCUAAAAGGUCAUUCCUGCUGGGCACUGGUGGAUUUCUAGCGAUGACCGGCAGCCGAUGGUAUGGUUAUCCUGUGGCCGGUCCACUGGCGUGUAUUAUAUCAGCGUUCGUGGCUAGCACCGGUUGGAGAUGGAGAUUGAAAAUGCAAAAUGAUCGAAAUAACCCAACGAUUUCGGUCGACGAUAAUUGUGAUGACGAGGAUUACCGAGACCUGCAGGGAAAACCGGUCGAAAAGGUUUUCGAAUACGUGUGGGACGGUCUCCAGCCAUCUGUCUUUGCGUUUUUGGGCACUGACAUCAAAUUCGAACUACUCAAGGGCUUCGACAUGGUUUUAGUCGGAUUACUUGUGGUGACGUUUGGAAUCGCAGUUCGUAUGAUUUUCACUACAUGUUCAGUGUUGGGCACGGGAUUCAGUCGUAAGGAAAUCAUAUUCGUCAACAUUUCGUGGCUUCCAAAGGCUACUAUACAGGCUAUUCUAGCUCCAUUUGCAUUUGAUGUAGCUAAAGAUUUGGGUACGGCGGUGGACGUCGAAUGUGGAAAUCGACUGGUGACCAUCGCCGUGAUCUCCAUUUUGUUAACUGCGCCUAUAGGAGCCAUCGGCAUAAAACUAUUUGGUCCUAGACUGUUGCCCAGAGCCAAUUGACUGAUGAAAGUAUAGACAGUCGUGUAUUUAAUUUAUUUUAAUUUUUUUUUACAAUCUUUUAUAACAUUUUAUUUACGGGAUUUAAUUAUUUUGAGAUAUUUAUGACAUUAUAAUUCACACAAAUAUAUACUAUUUUUAAUCAUUAGAAUUAUAUAUACAUUUUAAAAUUGCUGUCUGAUCAUUGUAACAAUAAUUGUUUAAACGCAUCAUGCAUCAGUUACCUAUAAUACAUAAUAAAGUACUUGAACAUAUUA